AUGACAGUGGGGGGGAAAGUGUUAUUCAUUUACUUCACAUGUAUAUCUACUGUCCAGACUACUGACUGUCUGCACUUGAGGGAGCAAUGUAUUAAUGCUGGAAAUGGAUGUGAGAGUGUCUGGAAUGUGGUCGAAGAUGCCUGCAAUAUUUCAGGUAAUAGAUGCAAGGCAGAAGACAGUGUUGGAUGUAAUAGAAUAAUCCAGGUCCUGGCUGAUGAAUACCCAGAAUUUAGAAACUGUGUCUGCACUACAGACGAUAUCUGUAGCAUCACAACUUUGCUUGGGGAACUGUGCAGCAUCAACAAAGACUAUUUGGAGUCUCCCUCGGGGUCGGGCCCCGAGCUGGGUGUCGGGCCCCCCAGGAGCCCUGAGGAUCCGGGGAGCUGCGGCGUGGCGAGGCGGCUGUGCCGGGGGCAGCCGCGCUGCUGGGCCGCGCACCGGAGCUUCCAGCGGCACUGCCGGGCACCCGCGGGCACCUGCAGCUCCCGCCGGCCCGCCAGGUGCCUGCUGGCCUGGAGAGAGCUGAGGACAACGCCCCUGGGAAGGUGCACCUGCCCAGAGCCGCAGCGGGCCAGAUGCAUCAAAAUCCAGAAGGGAAUAUCCAACAACGCUUGCUUACGGCACUCGCAGGAGAGCCAGGCCUCGGGAGCUGGCGACAGUGAUGGCAGCGAUGACGACUACAAUGCUGAUCUUGAUGACAAUAUUAGUAUGGAAACAAAAUUACAAUGGGGUUUAUCUGCUCUCUCCAAACAAGCACACACAACAAACAGGAGCUGUUUGGAUGUGAACAGGGAGUGUGUUGAAGAUGAAGUGUGUAACAAACAGCUGUCCCUGUACCUAAAACUGUGCUCAGUAAAUAAGAAGUGCAAUGUGGAAGGAUGUCAAGCAGCCAUAAGGUUCUUCUAUGGAAACAUGCCUUUUGAAGUUGCCCAAAUGAUGAUAUUUUGUGACUGCAUCCAGCAUGAUGAAUCCUGCCACAGAGCCAAAGAACUUCUCCAUGGCAAGCCCUGUGCAGUUACUGUAGUUCCACCCCCAUCAUGUCUGAAUGUAAUCCAGAUGUGUGAAGAGAAUGAAUUGUGCAGGAAAAAAUACUCAACUUUUCAGUCAAAGUGUUGGAGACAUGUGACAAAAAAAUGUUAUAAUGACGAAGCUUGUCUCGAAACCUUGCUCAAGCGUGACGUGCCCUGUUCUGCCACCACCGAUUGCAAAGCAGCCUUUGUCAGCAUCUGGGGCACGAUGCUGCUCACAGAGUGCACCUGCCAAAACGUGCCUCCCGUGGAGCAGCCUUUGUGUGAGCUCUUCCACCACGUGCUGCACAGCAAAUCCUGCUUCAGGGACUUGCGUCAAAUUUCUAUUCAGAAGAAGGGUUUUCACUGGGUAAAUACAGAAAUGCCAGGGGAAAAGAUUUCCGGAGCACAGCUCCAUUCUUCUGCAAUUAAUGGUGAAACUGUCUACAUUAUUGCUUACUCCUCCUGCAUAGCUCUCAUCCUAGGAAUAGUCCUGUUGACUCUCCUAAAGAUCAGAGCCUGCAGAACAAAACAUGAGUCAAGACGUCUCUUGCCAGACCAUUCUUCUGAAACAUUUAUGGCCCAUUAUAAAAGUCACAGAUGAACUACUCUCUUGCUUGUGCUUUUUAAGGCUAUUCCUGAAAGCCAGCCUGUUGUACAUAUGUGAUAAUAAAAUAUAUAUUAGAAAAACUACUAUAAAUUAUGAAAUUUUGUAGUUAAGCGUACAAAAUAUUUUUAUAUUUAUUAGCUUAUUUUUAGCCUUUCAAAAGCUGAAAAAAGGGGUAAAAAUGGUAAAACUGUGCUGUCUCUUAUUUGUGUAGAUCCACAGAUCUGUCCUGAGCUGUACAUUUCCGAGAUUUUUAGAUACACAUGACACUGGUAUAAAUGCUGUAUCAACAAUGGCAAUCUUUGAAGCCCACCCUUUCUGAUCUCUACUCACCUGGAA